AUGGAGUGGAGGGGAGGAGUUGUGGUGCUGACAUUGGUUUUUCUUGUGUCUGGUGCUCAGUCAUUGCCCGUUGUCAAUGAAGGCGUGGCUGCAGUGGAUGCCAACAUGACAACCACUGAGCAACCUCCAACAGCCGACGGACCGACCUCAUCAGUGACUGUUGGUGUGGAAUCGGAGCACACAGAGGAGAGUUCACACCUGCUGGAUGGUGGAGGUGGUGUUGAUGUCGAGGGUGAUAAGGUGAGUGGAGGCGAGAUAGACGUGGAGGGUCACGAUGGCAUCGCAUCUGGUCAUGAGGGCGGCAAAGGUGUUGACGCGAAUGACACCGAUGUUACUGAAGGCAGCGCAAGUGGUGGCGGACGUGAAAGUGCAAAUGCAAGUGCAGGUGGAGGUGGCGAUGAGAGGGAUGUCAAUGACAACAAUGACCACCACGAGAUGGAAGACGCUGACGUUGGGGACGACACUGACAAAUUUGGCUCCGACAUGGAGGUCAAUGGGAAGGAGGAAGUGAGCGAAGGUGUGGAGGAUGACGGUGAGGGUGUCAACGGGAAGGAUGGUGGUUACGAAGGUGAUAGUGGUGAGGAGAGAGGGAGUGACGAUAGAGGAGACGAUGAAGUCAACCACAACGUUGACGACCGCGACGGUAACGAGGGUCUCGACAACGGCGGUGACAAGGAGAGUCGUGAAGAAAAGCAUGAGAGUGGUAGAAUGUUGUCUGGCAUGGCAGUAGAAAAGGCUGCAGUGAAGGGAGGACUAGAGUGA